UAAUUUGCAGCAUCCGGAAAACGUGGGAAAGAGCGUGGAAUGAAAAAACAAGAGAUGGAAUUUGGAAGACAAAACGAGUAGUAUGGCUUUUGAGACCCUGCAUAUCGAUCGAGGGUUAUGAAGUUUGUAAAACAUGCAGCAUAUACAAAUCGAAAUUUUUGAGGUAAGGAGUCCAAGCCUAUUUUAUGGCCGGGAAGUAACUAACAAUGCAGAUUCCUCAUCUGAAAGAAUAUUAUUCCAUGAACUGCAGCAAAACUUAAAUGCGCAGUUUAACAAUCCACAAAGUUGUGGUCUGUUUCAUCAGCCAUCUAAGAAUGAGGUUUGUAUUGGGAAAUCCAGUAACCAGCAGUGGCAUAGAGUGAGAGUGGAGGAUAUGUACAGAAGACAGAAAGGUCACGAGGCCAAGUGCUUCCUCUUGGACUUCGGAACCAUGGAAAUGAUUUCAUUUCAGUGCCUGCGGAGAGCUACCCAGAGUCAUUUAUCUGUGCCGUACCAGGUGAAAUCCUACAGUCUGUAUGGAAUUCAGGCCCAGACGAUGGCCCUGCAAGAAGAUCUCUCCUGUCACAUGGAGCCCUGCAUAUCAUGGGAUGAAUCGGCCACAGAAUACAUGAAAAAAUGCAUUCAAAAGACUCCAGUUUGUUUUGCUGAUGUGAAGAAAGCAGAUGCAAACAUAACAGAAGUUGUGCUGUACCUGGUCAUAGAAAAUGUAACAAGGUGUUUUAAUGAUGAACUAUUGAGAAAGAAUUAUGCUGUCAAGAAAAUACCAGAGGGUCUCCAUGGUGCAGUAACAUCACAUAAAACCAGAUCUCAACCACUCAAAAUGGAGGAGGAACUGAAGAAACUCCAGUUAAGGAAAUCCAAGUUAGAAUUUAAAACCACACCUACUUCUAGUGACAUUGAAACUGCUUCUGUUUUCUCUGAAACACACAUGAGAAAACACUCACCCAGGACUGAUUCAGAGGCAGAGUCAACCAAAUCGGACUCUGUUUCUAAUAAUCACAUCCCUAAGGCAGGAUUGGGACGGGGUUUCUCGUUGGGACAAACACUUCGUGAGUGGAAAGGAAGGAGUAAGACAACAAAGGACACUGAAUCUUUUGUGAAAAGAGAUGUGAAUAAUUCAAGUAAAAUGGCGACAGGGAAGAAUAACUCUGCUUUCUCUCAUAGCACACCAACUGACUAUCAAGAUUCCCAUAUGUUGUCUUUUGUGCACAGACACCAAAAACCUAAAUCUGGUAGUGAAGAGCAACUGCCAAUGUUCACAGGCAAAAGACAGGGUAGUUCAGGUGAUAGUGCACUGUCAACACCGUCCAAUAAAUCUAUAGGAUCUCCAAUGAAUGGAAUGCUAGGAAAAUUGAUGAACAGUUUGAUAGUCCAUUCUCCCACAAGCAGCCAUCCAAGUGUCUCAGACUCUGAAUUGCUCAAAUCUGCUCCACUUAGUAGUGCCAGUCACCCAUCAGUUCACACAGAAGGGUAUUCAUCUGAAAGUGUUCAGAAAAAUAUCAGGACAUUUACUCCAUCCUCUUUACAAAAAUGCCAGGCAUCCGUAGCGAAAUCUUCAUCCAUAAAUACAUCACCUGAAUCUAUGCAUAGUAAUAAGACUCUAGAAGUGCCUAAAAGAAUGAUAGUGAAAAGUGAAAUCCAUGAAAAAUCAUCGUCACAUUGUGAAGAAUUUGAUGAAAACUUGCAGGGAGCAACAUCAUCUGUUCACAACACCUUAAACACUAAGCAACCAGAAAUGAAAGAUCUGGUUGCUGAGUCCUUUGAUUCUUUGUUGAUGCAACGUAGAAGUGACAUGAUGGGUAGAAUGCAGGGUUACAGAAUUCUGGAAAACUUAUCUGGUGGUGCUAAAUCUAAAUCUACAAGUACUGCAAUUAUGUCAAGGAAAAUUUCAGAUAGUGUGUUGGUGCACAGCUUGAAGAAAAUAAGUCCAUAUGUAGACUUUGAUAGUGUUCCUUUUGUGCCAGAGCUGAACGAGAUUCUAAAAGGCUUUGAAUUUCCCUCUCCAAUGUUGAUCCAGGCCUAUGGAUGGCCAUAUAUAAUGAAGUUAAAACACAUGGUGGGAAUAUCACCUGUCAGCACGGGCAAAACGUUCACCUACCUGUGUCCACUACUUAGUGAGCUGCUCCACCCUCUGUCCUAUAAAGAGUUGGCCAUUGGCAAUGGGCCGCUUGCUUUGAUAUUGGUGUCCUCCUGGAGAAAGGCCCAGUCUGUGUUUGACAUAACCCGUGGACUACUGAGGGACCACAAACGGCCCCGCCCCCUUGUCAUUUAUGGAGGGGGAUGUGAACAGAAUCAAUAUGUACCACUGAUGAAUGGCUGUGAGAUUCUGAUUGCCACGCCUCCAUGUCUUGUUCGAAUGAUCAAUCGCAGAUACACAGAUCUCCAGCGACUUUGUCACUUGGUCGUCAGUGAUGCUGAUUUAGUGCUGAAAGAGUAUUCAGAGGAGGUACAGAAAAUCAUGGAAUGGUUUGCUGAAGCCAGAAAAGAGAAUAUUCACAAAUCUGUCCCCUACCAGAUCAUCACCAUAGGAACACAGUGGACUCCAGUUGUCAACAAUUUCACCAAGGCAUACAUGCCAGACCCGUCCAUUGUCAUUACAUCUCGUUUUGAGGCAGCCAUAUAUGGGAAAGUCAUACAGCAAGUUCAAAUGUGUCAAAGUUCACAGAGGUCAAAAAGACUUUUGGAGCUCUUAGAUACCAUCUUAACCAAUGGUAUAAAGGUCAUUAUUUUCACCACCACAGUCAAUGAUGUCUGCUUCCUCCUCAGGUUGUUGAAAAGUCACUCUCUCUGUUGUGAUAAAGUUCACCACCAAAUGGAGAGCUAUGAGAUUGAAUCGGUGAUCCAUGACUGGAAAUCGGGCUCAGAGAAAGACAGUCCAAAGCUUCUAGUGUGCACGGAUGAAUGUAUAGAUGAAAUGAAGAUAGAUAAUGCUAACGCAGUAAUCCACUUUGACCUACCAUCAGAAUCCAAGACCAGAUUUGGCAAUCGUCUCUCCUGCAUGAAAAAGUAUUAUGCACAAUACUCAGAAUCUGAAGAGGAGGAAGUAGUGCAGCUUGUCAAACCUGUCUCUUACAUCCUGAUGACCGAGGAGAGCACUGGACAGGCUCGCUCGGUCCGAGACCUGCUGAAACGACUCAAAAUUUCAGUUCCCAAACAACUGACAGCCAUGCUCGCUGGCAUGAAACAGCAACAAGAAGAGGACAAAGAGAAAGGCCUGUGUAGUUAUGUUAAAGCUUACGGUACAUGUAGGUAUCAGACCAGGUGCUCCUACCGACAUAUCAUUCUUUCUGAUGUGGACAAACCUUGUUUUGACCUAUUGACGUCUGGUGAAGUCAAGAUUCGUGUUGCCAAUGUGGUGAAUGCUACUUGUUACUAUGCUCGAGUGUUAGAGCAUCGUUCGACUGACGGCACGCAGACUGACCUGUCUAUCACAGCCUUGUCCAUCUCCUUCGAGAUGGGAAAGUGGUUCUCUAACAAAGCAAAUCAUGUCAGGCUAGGUAAUGUCUGUGUAGGGGAUGUCUGUGCAAUAGAAGAGGACGCCAUCUUCUACAGAGUGCAGAUUCAGGAUUUUAAAGGAAGCAAUUCUCCUAGCUCCAAAACAAUGCAAGCUCAGGUGUUUUUUGUGGAUGAAGGUCGAGUUAAGGAUGUCUCUAUGUUCAAACUGUAUCAGCUUGCUCCACACUUGAAGACAUAUGCAUUCCAGACAGUUGAGGUGUACCUGUGUAGGCUGAGACCAAUAGACAGGGAUGAAAACUGGACAACCAAUGCUGAUCAGUAUGUUCAUUGCUUGUUAAAAGACAAGGUUCUCGAUGGCAGGAUUGUGUUGAGCAUUGGAAAUACAUUAUGGCUUGACCCCAUAGUAGAAAGACAACAUCUUAAGCAAACCCAGACUACUAUCAACAAGAUGUAUGUCAGAUCAGAACUGCUACGCAAUGGAUUUGCUGUCAAUAAUGAACAGCAUGUUCAGAAUUUGUACAGCUUGUGUGAAGGCCUCCUUCCUGUUCCAAGCUUACAAAAUGCAGAAGAUAGUGCUGAUUUAUCUGUGGAGACCGAUUUACUGCCGGAGUCGGAGGAAUUUCACAAGGUUUUUGUCUCAGCAUGUGAUGAUCCAGGUCUGAUUUUCCUACAACGCUGCCAGUUUGUCAAACAAAUGGAUGUCAUGGUUGAUGCUAUUAAUGAUAAGCUACAGAAGACUGAGAUUACCCCUAUGAAGGCCUCGUGCUGUAAAGUGGGGACUGUUUGUCUGGGGAAAUACACACAGGAUGACACAUGGUAUCGUGUCAAAAUACUUCAGUGUGAAGAAGGCGGUGACUACAAGGUGAUAUUCUGUGAUCAGGGGGACACUGAAGUUCUCCCCCUCAAUCGGCUUCAUCCAUUCCCUCAGGAAUAUUCUGAAAUCCCUAUGCUGGCAAUCGAAUGUGAACUCGCCCAUGUUCAACCCAGAGGUGAGAAUUGGGAUGAAAGUGUUGGUGAUGCAUUGUGGGAUAUGACCCAUACUGUUGCAGGAGGCAAUAAAAACCUGAUGGCCAAGGUAAUUGGAAGGAAAGAUUCAGUAUUCACUGGCGUGCACAGAUAUGUGGUUGAAUUAUGGGAUACAUAUACAGCCAAUGACAUCAAUCUGGCCCAGGAAUUGGUCUGGUCAGGCUUGGUGUCCCCAAAGGCAGGCUCCAACCUCCAGGAAAUGUUUCCUAGGCCGCCAAUGAUAAACUUCCAGGUGUACAAAAACCCAGUGCAAAUCAUUAUGGAUCUGUGUGCCUGUCUAUACUGGAGAAGUAGUCAAAAGCGAAAAAUUCCUCCUGCUUUUGAAAUAUUUGACCUCGUUACAAAAUCUGUGAAAAGUAAUCCCUUGGAUCUGGUGGGGUAUCGAGGAAUAGCUGCCAUUAUCAAGUUGAUUGGUCGAUUGACAGAUGACACUGCCCACAAUUGUCUGCUAGAAAGUCUUCUAGUAGCAGCUGAAGCUAGUGACAGACUUGCUGAAGAAAUUGUCAACCAAGAUGGAGACCACAGUGUUAUCCAGUGUCUAGAUCAGAAAAGCCGCCCAAAGAUCCAAAUGCAGGCUGUUGAAGCCAUUUACAGACUCAUCAAAUGUAACAACAGAUUUGUGAAGGCGUUCAGUGAUGCCUCAGUGCUGGAAGUUUUGUGUGAAAUUUUGGAGGUUGCUGAGGAACCAGAGAUCCUAUCUGGAACAGGAAAAGCUCUUAAUAUCAUCUGUAAAAAGUCCAAGAGUAUGUGCCAAUAUCGAAAAAACCAUGACCGUCUUCCAGGACUUCUAGAUUCAGUCAGCAACGCUAAAACACAAUCACGUUCACAACUACCUGUUAAUGCAAAAAAGCGUGCCUCUGAUAUUGUGUACCAUUUCAAAGUAUGUGAAUUGAUCACAGAAUCACUCAAACGCACAAGUGAUCUACAGGCUUCUCAGUCACUUUUAGAGUUUCUGGUUACUCUUGUGGAUAAAAAUGGGAAACAAGAAGGACUACACAAUGAGAGGCUAGCUAAAGUUGUGGUUUCCAAAAUGGAUUCAUUCAUUGCAUCUGAUGUGUGUAUUGCCUAUGGUGUGAGGUACUGUGAGAACCUAUGCCAAGAGAACAGAAAGAAGAAAACUUUUCUCCUAGAACAAGGAGUGGCAGUCAUACUUAGAAAAGCUUUCAAACUACAGAAGCUAAGUGUGACGACGUAUGGAAAGUGUGAAGAUCUGAUAAACAGUCUGGCGGUACGAGUGGCUACAUCUGACACUAUCAACAAUAGACCUAUCAAUGCAAACUGGUCCCGCAACCCACAGCAAAAAUCGGUUCCCACUAUAACAUGGGCACAGAAUAAACGGAAUGUGAUCCUUGCAGUGAAAGUGGCCCGGGCAGGGGACGUCCCUGUAAGAGUCGGGCAAAAUAGCUUUGAAUUCAGAACAGUUGUGGAUGACACGUUAUAUGAAGCCAAGUAUGAGCUGUAUGGCAGAAUUCAGCCAAACUCCUGUCACGUGUCUGUCAAACGAUCAGAAGUUUUAGUUAAACUGAGAAAAGAGGAGUUAGGAAGCUGGCCCCGCCUACUAAAGCAGAAGACAAAGUUGCCAAAUAUCAGCCUUGACUAUGAUAAGUUUGCCUGCAGUUCCUCAGAAGAGGAUAUUUCUGAUGACAACAACCCAUUUAUCCUCAAAAAACGAAAAAUUAAAAAAUUUCCCAAAGACAUGAAGAGACCUAAAGGCUUGGCCGUUGGAGGCUGUAACUAUGAGAGUGAGGACACCGAGGAGGACAAUAGUGAAGAGGCAGAUUUUGGAUUUAAAAAGUCCACACUGGCAGACGAUUACGAUCCUUAUGAUAUCUUUGGAAUGGCAUCCUAAUGAAUGCUAUUGUUAAUUUUGAUACUAAGUCACACGUUAAGAAUUUUUUUCCCCCCAAUUUGUAAAAACCAAAGUUAUUAGAUUUAAGUCAAUGAGUCUGUUAAGUUUUUAUAUGUCCAUCUUUAGAUGGGAUGUAUUAUGGAUGGUACAGGGAUUUGCAUACAUCUGUCCAUCCAGCCGGCUGUUUGUCCGUCCGUUCAGAGUUUUCUAUUUCUACUUAACAUUUCUCUAUCACUUAUCAAGCUGAAACUUGCUGUGUAGCUUCUCUGUGGGUUACUCAGAUCGUGUUAAAAUUUUGAUCCAUUUUGACAUUUCUUGCUGGAGUUAAUGCAGGAUGCAUGAUUUGUCUGUCUAACUCCUUCCACAUUUUUCAAGGGAAAACCCUAUUUUACAGAGUGUUUUAUUGGCAAGGAUUGUGAUUUUGUUCAGUGUUUAAGGAAAUAUUACAAAGUGAGUUCAUGGUUUGUUCAUUUAACUCCUCUCACACUUUCAAGGCCUUUGUGAACAACUUAUUGCAAGGAUUUUGAUUAUUAACAAUUUUCAUGGUUGAAAUAAAUUACAGGUUGUUGAACUUGGUCAAAUUUGGGGGAAUUAUUUUUCACACAGCUCGUUUUGUCAUCUACCUCCUGUCACAGUUUUUAAGCUGGGAUCUCUUUUUCUUAUGAAGCAAAAGAAAUGUUUCACAGUUGAUGAUGGCUGAUACUACCUUAAGUAAAGUUCUACAACUCAUAGCUUAAAGGGACAUGGAAACGAUUUCCAAACAGUACUGUAAAUUCCUAAAUAUACGUGAGGAAUUUAUUAUCGUGGAAUUUCGCGAGAAAAUAUUUCUCACUUUUAUUUUACAUUGCUAAGAUACAUGCAAAAACAGAUCAACAGAGCACUCGCGAAUUUAUUUUCUCGUGAUUUGAUGUCCAUGAGUCAUUUUGGGAUAAUAAAUACUCACGUAAAAUAAGGAAUCUACAGUAUUUCAUUAGAAUUCAGCGUUUUGACAUUGGUUAUUGCUAAAUCACUUUAGGGAGAAAGCACAAAAAAGUCAGAACUCAAAAUUUUCUUUGCAAAAGCUCUUUUCUCCAAAGCUGUCAACUUUGGCGCCAUGUUGAUGGCUGAGUCACGUAAUAUGUACACAUAAGCGGGGCUUGUGCCUUGUUUUGAAAAUGAAAAGUUUAGAUGUUUGAAAUGCGUCUUUGCAUCAGCUUUUUAAAUAUAGGUUUGUUGCUAUGUUUUUCUACUUAUUACUAUCUAGUAUUAAUAUCCAAGUAGAUUUUUUAAUUACCAUAAUUGCGUGUCCGUACCCAUUUAAAAGAAAUGAGCUUGUGACAGGCAUAUUAUGUACAAUUUCUGUUACUCUAGCUUUGUUGUGAAAUAGCACGGACAAAGGUCCUACAUUACAGGUUUAGUCAGAGAGAGAAAUUCUCAUAAACCAAUUAGAGUGUCUAGUUGUUGCAGCAGAAUCAAAUAUUAUGUCCUAUUUAGAAAGCUGAAAAACUAUUAAAGGUCCUUUAAAUUGUAACAGUUGAGUGUGAAACUGAAUUCUGUAUGGUCCAAUGUUUUGAUAAAUUUUGUCUACUUGAUAAAAACGUUGUCACAUGCAUUUAUAAGGAUGUACAUGUACCUAGUAUUAUUGAAACUUUUUAGCUAAUAAUAUUUGGUUUGAUAUCAUUGUUUACAAACAACUGUAGAUGUCUCUCUGCCAUUUGUGUAAUGCAUAUUUAAGCCAGUCACAUGACCAUUUCAGACAUCACAUUUAAGUCAUAGUCACAUGACCAUUUCAGACAUCACAUUUAAGUCAUAGUCACAUAACCAUUUCAGACAUCACAUUUAAGUCAGUCACAUGACCAUUUCAGACAUCACAUUUAAGUCACAGUCACAUGACCAUUUCAGACAUCAUAUUUAAGUCAUAGUCACAUGACCAUUUCAGACAUCAGUGAACAUGGAUAAUGAAGUAAAAUGUAAGAACAUGAUUGUUCAGGUCUGCACAAACUUGUGUAAAGUGGUUUAUUUGGUGCUUUAUAUUGGUCAACAAACUUUGGCGACGAUAUUCAGCACACGUAUGUAUAUUGUUAGCUCAAUAGAUUUUGAAAGAAGGUAAUCUUUCCACUUUUUUCUUCCAAAUACAAAUGUUUUCAGGCAUAUAAAUUAGGGAAAGUUGUUUACUUUUUAAACCAAAUAAGCUUCAUUAAAAUGAUUAUCAUGCUUUGAAACAAAAGUUCAGGUUGUUCAGCUUUAAGACAGAGAUUUAAUUAGAUCUGCAUAGCAAAGUAAUACCAAUGGAAAUAUAUUUUGAUAAAAACACUCAACUUUUUCUUCUUUACUUUUAUGCAUUUUCCAUUGUUCUGUGGGGCAAGUAGCCGCUUGUUAGAAACCAUGUUGUUGUUUGUUUUGUUUUUUGUUCACAAAUAUAAUUGUUUUGAAUUGUACAUGUAAUAUUUUUGGCAUUGCAUUGUAUUUUAUAUAAGCUUACAAAUGUUAAGUUUAUUACACAAGCAGUGAAAGAUGUUUUAUGAGUAAAUUUUCAAAUCAUUUUGAUGCAAAAUAUAUAGGUUUUGUAUUAAAAAAAAAUUAUUUUUGUGUCUCAUUAGCAAUUUUGGGAUGUGGCAUGUCUGCUGAAAAAUAUUUUGACAGUGUACUGGCAUGAAGCAUGACAGUUCAUACCCUUUAAAAGACUAUAUUUAUCUGUAUUCAUAUGUGCACUGUUUACAACUGCAACACAUUCAUGAGGAAAUGGCUAUCAUUACAAUUUGUGGAGAUAUCAAAGUAAAAACCGUUAGAAAUGUAAAUAUUUUGUUGAGGCCGUUUCUACAGUUCUUGCCUCUCCUUCAGUCAACCACAGCAGCAGAAUAUGAACAUUUUGAUACGUGUCUAAUGUCAUGAACAAAGCUGUGUAUAGAUUUGUACAACACAAAACUAUAAUGUACAUAUCAAUAUUCUCCCUCAUGAUUUAACAUUUUUAUUCUAGAACUUCAUGUGUACUGUAAAACAAAAAGGGCAUGUGAUUUUUACCACCGAUUGCAUCUUUUAUUUUUCGACAAAGUGUACUCCAUCGUGUAUUGAUAAAGAUGGGUAUAAAGUUAUAGAAAAUUAUGAAGAUGUUUUAACAUUUAUGUCUUUGUAUCAUAAGUUCAGCGAUAUGAUGCAUCCAUUGUAACAAAAUGGCAAUAGAUACAUUGUUUUGUUUAUUCAUCAUGUGUAUUCAUCGUAUACAACUCAUUCGUUUCAUUAAAAUACUGAAAUUUGA